CCUUAGUAUUAUUCUACACAACGGUAGCGAACGUGACUCAUGACAACGUUCCAGAAACAUACAGCACCAGCCAAUUGUAAUACGCUUUAAAGUUAAAACUAAUGUAAUAUUAGGAAAAUGUUCAAGAAAACGUUUUUCGUUCUCACAGUAGUGCUUCUUAUUUUUGUGAAUGAUGUAAUAGAAGCAAGAAAAUUAUCAGGUAGUCGCAGUUCUAGUUCUGGCCGAAGUUCUAGUAAAAGAACAAAUCCAAAACCAAUACCGACAUCCUUCAGUUAUCCACAAUCUUCAGCACCUAAACCAUCCUUGUUUGGCUGGCAAGAAAAACCUGCUCAAAAAACUCAAGUGUCGUCUCAAAAAUCAAAACCAUCAAAUCAAGGUCAUUCUUAUCCAUCAAGCAACACAGGAUUAUCUGGCAAUGGGCAACCUAAACAACCUCCCACACAGGAAGGAAGCAUGCAGAGAAGCAAUGUGCCGUCUCAACAUUCUUCACCGAAUAAACAAAAUGCUAAUGAAGCGAGUCAUACUUAUCCAGCAUCGAACAGUCUAUCAGGUAACUCUGGAACUAAUUCUGGGACUGGAUAUCCACAAGGAACUGGAUUAUCGGGUUCAAAUUACCCAGCACAGCCUUCAUCAAAUAUAAAUACAGCUAAUGGAUAUCCCGUUAACAAUGUUGGACCUUAUCGUAACACGCAAAAUGCACCGCCACCAUAUUCAAGUGCAGGGAAUACAAACUAUCAUCCCCAAGGGCCACCGCCGCCUUAUACUAAUGUAGGAAAUAGUAAUUAUCAUCAUGCUCAACAUCCGCCACCACCUUACACUAACUAUGGACAUAAUUAUGGAGGUUCUGGUGGAUCUUACAGUCCUCAAGCCCCUGGAUACUUUGGAAACUACGUUAACCCAGGAAAAAAUUAUGGAGGUGUGAGUCGAUCAGGCAAUGUUUUAACAGGAGUCGGAAUUGCAGGAGCAGGAAUAGGGACUGUUUUAACAGGUUUAGCAUUGUGGAAUUUAGCAAGAUCAACUGGGCAUCAUCAUCAUACAGUGAUUUAUGACAAUCGUGGUCAACCGAUCGCUGUAGCUCCAGAUAACAGUACAACACCAGUCGUGGAUCCAAUAUUAAGUGAUUUAGUCAACUGCACACUCACGAUUAAUAAUGGUAAUACAACAGAAGUUCUUGCAAUACCCUGUUCGAUUGCAACAUCAUUCACUCCGGAUGCCAAUGUUAAAGAUGAGAGUCUAAAUAAGGAAUCAAGCGAUAAUACAGAAUGUAUUAUAACUGUGGUUACAAAAUCGUCUAAGGAAUUUAUGACAUCCAUACCUUGUUCGGUCCUUCUUAAUACUGCAGCUGAAAAUAAUGUAACCGAGGCUCCUAUCCUGGAUACAAAUACGACUAUAGAAAAUGGUACUUCGGUUUUAUCUCCUCAAGAAACCUUAAGUGCUGACCAACCCACGGCUCUACGUCUUUCUUCUUUAGAAGAUGAGAACUUCAAAGAACCUAAAACUACAUUAAACUGUACUCAAGAACAAGGAGAAAUUCGGGAUCCCAUUAAUCCUUGUUUUAGCGUGAAACAUAAUUUAACUGUCAUUCCCUUAGAAACAACUGUUACACAAUAGAUGUGAAUUAUCCAUCAACCGCAUCUUUUAAAACAUUCCAGAAGAGUUUAGUAAUUGUUUAGUAAUUUUUAUUAUAUUAUCACGUUUUCAAUGACGUUAUGCAAAUAUAAACGAUUUAUUAUUUCUCAAAUAUCUCCUUCCAUAUCAUAUGGUAUCUAAAUAAGACUAUUAUAAUUCUUUUAAAGCAUAAAACACGUCUUGCAUAAAACCUAUAAUGUUUAUAAAAAUGUGUUUUAAUGUGUAAAGUUUAUUAAUGUAUAAUACAAAUUAUCUGCUUAUUAUUAUAAUGUGACCUUUAAAAAAGUCUUUGUAUCUGUCGACCUUAGUAACAAUAUUUUUUAUCAUUAUAGCCGACCAAAAAAACUUUAUAUAAAAUUGAAUUACAAACAUCAAGGGAGAACAGUAAAAGUACAAACAUAUUGUAAGAGCUUUCAAUUUUUAAUGUGUAAGAAAAAGGUCAAUUAAUUGAAGAAAAACAAGUUUAUAUUACGUCCAUGUUUUAAAAUUACGGUUGACAAAAUUCUUUGCAAAAAUUGAGUUAGUUAUUGAGUGAAACUAUUUUAACAGUUAUUUUAUGAAACGAAUAAAAUACAUUUAGCCUAUUCAUAUGUGAACAAUUAUAUUUUAUGAUUUAUUUGAUUAACUAUUAAUUAUAAGGAAUUUUAAAUGUUGUAUAAAAAUAUUUAUGAAACUUUUAUAUUUGUUACGAACUUAUUAUAUAUAUUGUUACCACUUUAGUUUACUAUUAUAUUAAAUUACAAAAAUUUAUAUAUUACAAUAUUGAUAAAUAUGUACUGAUUUGAGAUAAAUCUGUUAUUCGUGCAAUUAUGUUUUUAACAUUAAAUCAAUGUUGAGUUAAUAGUUAAAUUUAAAUUAGAAAAUAUAGAAUGAGAAAAUUCAUUUUUGAUUGCCAGUAGCGUACUCGAUAUUCUGGAGGUUGCGGGUUCGCAUCCUGCUCGUGUUGAUGAUUUUUGUUACAAAUUCUUUAAAAGAUAUAAAAUGUUAAUUGAAAGAUAUGAUUAUUGAUUAGUAAUAGAAAUUUGUAUUAAUAAGUAACAAUAAAUAAAAGACAUGAGUAGAUUU